GCCCUCAGCGUCAGAGUCGAGACUUGCCUGGUGGACACAGAGCACAGAGUCGCAUCUUCAUCACCAGCAGAGCCAACAGCAUCAGCAACAGCAUCAGACUUAAGGCGGAUGUGUCUUGUGCAUUGACGUGUGUCUGUGAUCCUCCUCCUUCCACUUCUCCUUGGAGUGGCCCGGUGUGGAUGUGGUGAUUGAGUGCAAGGCUUUCGCGCUGCCCUGCCCGGACCAGCCGGACGACAACCUGUGUGCCGCGUGAGAAUUGUGUGAGAGCCCACCAGCGAUCGAUGCGCUGAUUGAGUUGCGAUCGCGUGUCCCAGUGUCAUCAAGUGUGCCAGUGCGUGAGGUGGAACUCGAACAUACCAUCGCUCGUCGUCAUCGCUGGAAUCGGUGACACAACAUCCGGAGCCUAUUUGCACAUCUGGCCAAGGUGCACAGCGGACAUCGAUUGAAACAUUAUUAGUUCCUGAGUGGCCGAGACAUCGCUACAGACUGAUUACCAUCACGAUGACGCACAAAUGCCAGUUGCUCGCCCUGUUGUGGCUCGUGUCGACCGUCGCGGCCAUUCCGAUGCGUCCCAGCCAACUAGUGUCCGCGAUGCAGAACGUGCAGCGACAGUACGAAGGACGCCAGGCGACCAAGGAUGAGGCCGGUUUGCUGCAGGAAUUGACAGAAGAUGCACCCCAGACUGGUGAAAAGGAAGAAACCGUCGCCAGCGGAGACACGGAGCAAACGGCGGUUCCUGCGGCCAAACCGGUACCGAUUUCCAGUGCCCGGAAACAGAAGAUGCUCGGUUACUACGGACUGUACGCUCCGUCGAUCCCAGCAGCUUACGGAGCUCCCUAUGGUUACCCGUUGUACCAGUCGAUGUUGGACUACUACGAUGACUACGCGAUGCCCGUCGAUAACUAUCCCAGCUUAAAUAUGCUGGCCAACAUGCAAAGCUAUCCACCGAACAUGUACGCCAACAUGCCGAGCAGCGUGGCAGCAGCAUACCAACAGCCGAUGGCCGGUGCCAGUCCCCUAGCGCCCAGCUUGCAGCAGCAGCUCAACAAUCUUCUUCAGCAACAGGCACAACAGCAGCAACAACAACAGCAGCAACAACAACAACAAUCACAGCAACAGCAACAAGCGACGAACCCUCAACUGGCCGGCUUGACUAAUCUCGAUGCGAAUGCGGCCUCACUCGGUAGUUUCCAGAGUUUGGCGGCCAGCUUCGCAGCCGGUAACGACCACUACCAGGGUCUAGAGGAUGAGGACAUUCUAUCACGACACAGCCAAGCGACGAGAAGACGUCCGGGGCAGGUGAAAAAUUCGCCAAUCUACUACAUCCGGUUGCCACCGACACCGUACAUGUUUGUGCCGGGCGUUGGUUACAUCUCCCAGCCUCCAACCAUCCAACCGAUGGCCGCACCGAUCCCACAGUACCAGCAACUCGCACCUCCCGUCACGAUGAGCCCGUUCUACCAGCUGCCCAUCAACUUCGUCUCGAACGGCAAACCGUCCGGUAUCUACCAGUGGAACGGAGGUCCAGCGGCGGCCCCAGCACCGGCACCACCUCAGUUCGCUCUGCCCUACCCGAGACCACAGCGACCGGCGUACGUACCACAGGCCGGUUUCAUCCAGGACUCGAAGAUCACGCACCUGAAGGGUCCGUUCCUGUUCAACGGUCGGCCUGAGGAGAUCUUCCUGCUGCAGAACGCCUACAAUCCGCUGUUCCAGAGUCCACUCGCUGGUUACUACUAGGACCGAACGCGAUGACGAUGAUGUUGUUUACCUGAAUUGGAACCAUGAUUUGGGGCCGGAGCUGGUGUCGACAGAGGGACAUCAUAAAGCGGCAUUAUUGCAAUCACCGGAAGAAGGAUUAAACUGAUAACGCACCACCUAGAAUACACACUGACACAAACACAAAAUUCAAAUAGCUGGCCAGCCAGUCGACUGUUCAGUACUGACCAUCUUCGUAUUAGGUUAGAAAUUUGCGUUUAGAUAGGAAGCUAGGGAAAAAG